UUUUCUCAUAGCUGUUGCAACAUCCUCCGGUUGUUGAACUCAGUGAAUAAACUCCCACACACCCUGUGCCAGUCAAAACAGCCGUGCUCUAACCGAAGCAUGAAGCUGUUCAUUUUGACAACCCUGUUUGGGCUCGGACUCCCGCAGCACAACCCCCACUUUAAGCAUGGAAGGACAACAAUUGUGCACCUGUUUGAGUGGCGUUGGUCCGACAUCGCUGCAGAGUGUGAGCGCUUCCUGGCUCCAAAAGGGUUUGGUGGUGUUCAGAUUUCUCCUCCAAAUGAACACAUUGUUCUUGAUAACCCGUGGCGACCAUGGUGGCAAAGAUACCAACCUAUUAGCUACAACUUGUGCUCCAGAUCCGGCAGUGAGAAAGAAUUUAUAGACAUGGUCACCAGAUGCAACAAUGUGGGGGUUAAUAUUUAUGUGGAUGCCGUCAUCAACCACAUGUGUGGAAGCAGUGGUGGAGAGGGAAAUCACUCCUCAUGUGGAAGCUGGUUCAGUGCCAGCAAAAAGGACUUCCCAAGUGUUCCCUACUCUGCUUGGGACUUCAAUGUCAACAAAUGCAGAACUACCACUGGUAAUAUUGAAAACUAUGGAGAUAUUGCUCAGGUGCGGGACUGUAGUCUGGUCAGUCUUUUGGAUCUUGCCUUGGAAAAAGAUUAUGUCAGAGCCAAAGUGGCAGAGUUCAUGAACAAGCUUAUCGAUUUAGGUGUAGCUGGAUUCAGAGUGGAUGCUUGCAAGCACAUGUGGCCGGGUGACCUGCAAAAUGUUUAUGGUCGUCUUCACAACCUCAACUCAACCUGGUUUCCCAAUCACUCACGACCCUUUAUCUUUCAGGAGGUUAUUGAUUUGGGAGGUGAGGUCAUCUCUUCUAGAGAGUACGUCCAUCUGGGCAGAGUGACUGAGUUCAAAUAUGGUGCGAAACUUGGAAAAGUCUUUAGAAAAUGCCAAGAGGAGAAACUGUGUUACACAAGGACAUGGGGAGAAGGAUGGGGGUUCAUGUCUGAUGGCAAUGCUGUUGUGUUUGUUGAUAACCAUGACAACCAGAGAGGUCAUGGUGCUGGUGGUUCAUCCAUCAUCACAUUCUGGGACCCCAGACUCUACAAGAUGGCAGUCGGCUACAUGCUUGCUCACCCUUAUGGAGUGGCCAGGGUCAUGUCUAGCUACCGCUGGAACCGGAAUUUUGUGAAUGGAAAAGAUCAGAGUGACUGGUUGGGCCCUCCAAGCAACAUUAAUGGAUCCACUAAGGCUGUUCCCGUUAAUCCUGACCAGACUUGUGGAGACGGAUGGGUGUGUGAGCACAGAUGGCGUCAGAUCACGAAUAUGGCCAUUUUCCGUAAUGUGGUCAACGGACAGCCUCACACCAACUGGUGGGAUAACCAGAGCAACCAGGUUGCCUUUGGACGUGGUAACCGUGGUUUUAUUGUCUUUAACAAUGAUGGCUGGGACCUUGAUGUGACCCUGAACACUGGUAUGCCUGGUGGCACGUACUGUGAUGUUAUUUCUGGUCAGAAGGACGGCAACAGGUGCACUGGGAAGCAGAUUCUCGUCAGAAAUGAUGGGAACGCCCUCUUCAAGAUCAGCUACACAGAUGAAGACCCCUUUGUUGCUAUUCAUGCUGAAUCCAAGCUUUGAGACAUAAUAACAAGCUAUAAUCAUGAUUUUAUGUUUACCGACCAAUCAAUUGUGGCAAUAACCAGCAGAGUGGCACAAAUGCAAUUGUUACGCAAUUAUAUUUGUGGCACUCUAAAUGCAAAUGUAAAUUAUCAAUAAAAAUGUUGGAACAAAAAA